AUGAUCGGCCCGCCCGAAGCCGCGCGCCAGCGGCCGCCCCGGCCCCCGGGCCGGCCGGCACUGGCCUGGCUGCUUCUGCUGGCUCUGGCCGGGCUGCUAACCCAAACCCAGGCCCAGACCAUCCCCGACGUCUACCUCUACUCCGGGCUGCAAAAGGUCCAAACCAACGGCGGCCCGGUGGAGUUCAGCACCCGCGGCAGCGGCGCCAGCCUCAUGGGGGCCUGGAAUGCGCCGGACUUCUUCGCCUUCUACGAGCAGCGCCUGCCCCUGAGCCCGGUGGCCGACCUGCGCCUGGGCUCGCACUUCCACAAUGUCCCGCUGACCGGGGUGCCGAUCAUGCGGCCGCGGCUGGCGCCCGACAGCAAGGUCGUCAUGGCCCCGGCCUUCCACGCGGCCGACAUGGCCGAGGUCCUGGAGUACACCCCGACCGCCAUCUCCUUCCUCCUGUCCAGUGUCUUCGUGGGGUUCUUCUGCAGCACCGGCGUGGAGGUGCUCGACUCGCGGUCCAUCCUCAAGGGGCUGGUGCAGGUGAUCUACCUGUGCGGGCCGGCCGGCCAGACGCGCACCCUCAACCUGCUGAAUGUCGACCGGCUGGGCGACGGGACCCGCCAUGCGGAGCUGGCCACCAUCCCGGCCAGCUACAAGGGGUUCCUCUAUGCCUUCGGCCCGGGCGGGCGCAUCAUCACCCCGGGCGCCCUGAACACCAGCACGCCGUACAUCUUCCACCACCACUUCCCGACGGCCAGCUCGCACGAGAUCUCCAUCAUCAGCUCGCUGGCCGGGGCCCGGCAGGUGGCCACCGCGCGGCUGUUCGACUUCCCGGGCGUGCCCUGCCCGUAUGGCGACCUGGUGGCCCUGCUGUCGACCGGCAUGCUGUAUGUGGCCGGCUGCUUCGAGGCCAAUGGCAACUUCGUGGUGGGGCACAUUGCCCCGGUGCCGGCGGCCGUGCCCCAAACCGGGCGCUUCAUCAACCUGCCCCUGCACGCGGAGCAGCAAAUCCACCCGGUCAUGUAUUACCUGGCCCCGGGGGCCACGCCCCAGGCCGCCAGCACCCUGUGGCAGGUGCACGUCGACAAGGUGACCGGCAUCCAGUGGAAGCGCAUGGUCCUGCCGUCGGGGGUCAACCCGGCCGGCGCGCGCCUGCUCCGGCUCCGGGCGCACCCGGCGGCGGCCCUGCGCACGGCCGUCGUCAUCGACGGCGUGGCCUUCUUCGAGGCGGCGGACUUCGGCUGCGCCACCGACCCCACCAUCACCUGCGCCAACAGCCCGGCCACCGUGCUGCCCUCGCGCAAUUGGCAAUGCAAGCCCACCCGCGCCGAGUCGCCCUUCAUCGUGCCGGGCCAGCUGUGUGCCGCCUGCGCGCACGGGCACUACCGCGACUGGAAUGACGCGACCACCCCCUGCAAGCCCUGCCCCAAUGGCUGCACCACAUGCGACGCCAAUGGCUGCAUCCUGUGCCCCCUGAACAACCCAGUCGCCACGCCCGGGCCCUCGUACGGGAAGAACCUCUGCGUCAGCAGCUGCCCGGCCAAUCACACCAAGCGCGCCGGGGUGUGCUACCCCACCGGGCUGGCCCUGCCGGCGGUCAGGGUGGCCCAGGUCCUGCAGUCGGGCUACCCCUUCCCGGAUGUGGCCAGCUACCUGGGCCCGACGCACCUGGUGGCCAGCGUGCCGACCGUGACCAGCCUCUCGCCGGAGGUGCUGGCCAAUGGGGACGCCCCGCGGGUGGGCCUGCUGGGCUUCACCUUCGACGGGCGGAAGUUCCUGAUGCGCGGCACGGACGCCGCCCUGCCCGGCGGCCCGAACCCCCUGUACAUCUCCCUCUUCGGCCAGUCGGACAUGAGCGGCGUCCGGGGGUUCGUCGAGAUCGGCCCCUUCCUGGAGGGCACGCAGCUGGUCCUGGGGCUGGGCUUCUGCCAGGGGGCCCUGCCGUGGGUGGUGUGGGUGUCCUGCCCGGCCAGCACCGGGUCCCCGUGCGUGGCCGCGGCCAAGGAGUACAUCCCGGGCUUCGGCCAUGGCUGCCUCGGGGUCCACCGGCUGGGCCCGCGGGAGUUCCUCUACCGCAAUGGCCAGGACGCCACGCCGCGGGUCAUGCUGGCCACCUACAAGUCCCCCAAGUCGCUGGACGUCCGGACGAUGCACGGCUCGCAUGGGGUCCUGCUGCCGGAGAGCCCGGCCUCCGGGCCCGGCCCCAGCAGCCCGGCCCUGUCCAAGUGGCUGCUCACCCAGCACCCCGGCGGCACGGGCAUGACCCAGCCGCUGGCCCUGGCCCCGGGCGACCCGCGGCUGGACUUCUUCCACGGGUGGGGGCUCAUGCGGGCCGGCCCGGCCGGCGGCCUGGUCCAGGUGUCGGCCCCGUGGACCGGCGGCCCGGCCGCCAACCGCGACGUCGUCCUGACCGGCAUCCUGCCCGACGGCCAGUGGGCCGUGGAGGUCCUCCCCCGGGGCGGCGGCGGCAUGCUGACCGAGGCCCGGUCCAUCCUGCUGAACCCGGUGGAGCACCGGCUCGGGGCCCCGGCCGGGCGGACCCUCGCCCCCGGCAGGACCUUCUUCGUGGCGGUGGACCUGCCCACCGGGCCGGAAUACCCGGCGGCCCUGGUCCUCCUGUCGGAGGACAUCGUCGGCCUGUCGCUGCUCCGGUGCCUGCCGGCCCCGAACAGCCUGUGCGCCUUCCUGCCGGCCACCUUCACCACCAUCACCCAGCCGCUGGUGGGGGACAUCUUCACCGGGACCAUGGUCUGGACCGGCCAGCCGCACGCCCACACCGACUUCAUCAGCAUGGUGGUCAUCAAUGCCUCGGGCCGGGUCCAGCGCCUGGUCUUCCGGCCGGACUGCCCGGCCAGCACCCACGGCCUGCUGUGCCAGCCCUGCCACGCGGCCUGCCUCGGCGCCUGCACCGGGCCCGGCGACCACCAGUGCACCGCCUGCAAGUUCCACCUGCCCAAUUCCCCGGCCGCCUGCCUGGCCGCCUGCCCGGCCGGCACCUUCGCCGGGGGGGCCAGCGGCCCCCGGGCCCCCCCGCACCACCGUCCGAAGGAGGCGGCACUCCUGGACGCCGCGGUCGCCAUUCGGCCCCGCGGGAUGGCUGCGGGCCGGGGCAUGACGGCCCGCCGGGCCGACGGUGGCUGCCGGCCCGCGGCGCGCCCGGCCACCCUAUGGCCGUGGCUGGGGACUGAUGGGACCCCGGCACCGCCCGGGCGCCGCGCAUUCCCCCGGGCCAGGCCGGGCCCCGGCAUGCCGGUGGCCGGCCCCGGGGCGCCCUGCCACGCUGCCUGCCUCGAGUGCGCCGGGCCCGGGGACCACCAGUGCACGGCCUGCCCGGCGGGCGACCUGCUCGGGCCGGAUGGCACCUGCGGGCCCGCCUGCCCGGUGGGCUACUUCGCCGAUGCCCCGGCCUCGGGCCCGGCCGCAUGCCAGCCGUGCGACGCGUCGUGCGCCGGCGCGUGCGACGGCCCCGGCCCCAGCCACUGCCUGGCGCCCUAG